AUGGAUGACGACAUGGAGACCCUCAAGGACGAGGAGGACGCCCUGUGGGAGAACGUGGAGUGCAACCGGCACAUGCUGAGUCGCUACAUCAACCCGGCCAAGCUCACCCCCUACCUGCGCCAGUGCAAGGUCAUCGAUGAGCAAGACGAAGAUGAAGUGCUUAACGCGCCCAUGCUGCCGUCCAAGAUCAACCGGGCAGGCCGACUAUUGGACAUUCUACACACCAAAGGGCAAAGAGGCUAUGUGGUCUUCUUGGAGAGCCUGGAGUUUUACUACCCAGAACUGUACAAGCUGGUGACGGGGAAGGAGCCCACCCGGAGGUUCUCCACCAUCGUGGUGGAGGAGGGCCACGAGGGCCUCACGCACUUCUUGAUGAACGAGGUCAUCAAGCUGCAGCAGCAGAUGAAGGCCAAGGACCUCCAGCGCUGCGAGCUGCUGGCCAAGGCGCGGCAGCUGGAGGACGAGAAGAAGCAGCUGACGCUGACCCGGGUGGAGCUGCUGACCUUCCAGGAGCGGUACUACAAGAUGAAGGAAGAGCGGGACGGCUACAACGAGGAGCUGGUCAAGGUCAAGGACGACAACUACACCUUGGCCAUGCGCUACGCCCAGCUCAGCGAAGAGAAAAACAUGGCCGUGAUGCGAAGCCGGGACCUCCAACUCGAGAUCGAUCAACUCAAGCACCGAUUGAACAAGAUGGAAGAGGAAUGUAAGCUGGAGAGAAAUCAGUCGCUGAAACUGAAGAAUGACAUCGAGAAUCGGCCCAAGAAGGAGCAGGUCCUGGAAUUGGAGCGGGAGAAUGAGAUGCUCAAGACCAAGAUCCAGGAGCUGCAGUCCAUCAUCCAGGCCGGCAAACGCAGCCUGCCAGACUCAGACAAGGCCAUCCUGGACAUCCUGGAGCAUGACCGGAAAGAGGCACUGGAGGACCGGCAGGAGCUCGUCAACAAAAUCUACAACUUGCAGGAGGAGGUCCGCCAGGCAGAGGAGCUUCGAGACAAGUACUUGGAGGAAAAGGAAGACCUGGAGCUCAGGUGCUCGACCCUGGGGAAAGACUGUGAAAUGUACAAGCACCGUAUGAACACGGUCAUGCUGCAGCUGGAGGAGGUGGAGCGAGAGCGGGACCAGGCCUUCCAUUCCCGAGACGAAGCGCAGACUCAGUACUCGCAGUGCUUGAUCGAGAAAGACAAGUACCGGAAACAGAUCCGGGAGCUGGAGGAGAAGAACGACGAGAUGAGGAUCGAGAUGGUGCGGCGGGAAGCCUGCAUCGUCAACCUGGAGAGCAAGCUCCGCCGCCUCUCCAAGGACAACGGCAGCCUCGACCAGAGUCUGCCCAGGAACCUGCCAGCCACCAUCAUCUCACAGAACUUUGGGGAUGCCAGCCCCAGAGUUAAYGGUCAAGAGGCUGACGAUUCUUCCACCUCGGAGGAGUCACCUGAAGACAGCAAGUACUUCCUGCCCUACCACCCGCCCCGGCGCAGGAUGAACCUGAAGGGCAUCCAGCUGCAGAGAGCCAAAUCCCCCAUCAGCCUGAAGCGAGCGUCGGAUUUUCAAGGCAAGGGACUUGAAGACAGGGAUGCCAGCCCCAGCUCCUCCCACUCUCUGCCCAUCACCAGCUCCUUCUCCAAGAUGCAGCCCCAUCGAAGCCGCAGCAGUAUCAUGUCCAUCACUGCCGAGCCCCCAGGAAACGACUCCAUCGUCAGGCGCUGUAAGGAGGAUGCCCAGCUCCGCAGCACAGUCGAAGAAGACAACGACAGUGGCGGGUUCGACGCCUUGGACCUGGACGACGACAGUCAUGAGCGCAGCUCCUUUGGUCCACCGUCCAUCCACUCCUCCUCCUCGUCCCACCAGUCUGAAGGCCUAGAUGCCUAUGACCUGGAGCAGGUCAACCUCAUGUUUAGGAAAUUCUCACUUGAAAGACCCUUCCGGCCCUCGGUCACAUCUGUGGGGCACGUGCGGGGCCCUGGACCCUCAGUGCAGCACACAACGCUGAACGGYGACAGCCUCAUCACCCAGCUCACCCUGCUGGGGGGCAACGCCCGCGGCAGCUUCAUCCACUCAGUUAAGCCGGGCUCCCUGGCCGAGAAGGCAGGACUCCGCGAGGGCCACCAGCUGCUGCUGCUGGAAGGCUGCAUCAAAGGCGAGAGGCAGAGUGUCCCCUUGGACGCGUGCACAAAGGAGGAGGCCCGCUGGACCAUCCAGAGGUGCAGUGGCCCCGUCACCCUGCACUACAAGGUCAACCAAGAAGGGUACCGGAAGCUACUGAGAGACAUGGAGGAGGGUCUGAUCACCUCGGGGGACUCGUUCUACAUCCGGCUGAACCUGAACAUCUGCAGCCAGCUGGACGCCUGCUCCAUGUCCCUGAGGUGUGACGACGUCGUGCACGUCAGGGACACCAUGUACCAGGACAGGCACGAGUGGCUGUGUGCCCGGGUCGACCCUUUCACGGACCAUGACCUGGACACAGGCACCAUACCCAGCUACAGCCGGGCCCAGCAGCUACUCCUGGUCAAGCUGCAGCGACUGAUGCACCGGGGCAGCCGAGAUGAGCCGGACACCGCCCACCACACCCUGAGGGCGCUCCGGAACACCCUGCAGCCCGAGGAGCCACUUGCCACCAGCGACCCCCGGGUCAGCCCCCGCCUCUCCAGAGCCAGUUUCCUCUUUGGUCAGCUGCUUCAGUUCGUCAGCAGGUCAGAAAACAAGUACAAGCGGAUGAACAGCAACGAGCGCGUCCGCAUCAUCUCGGGGAGCCCUAUGGGGAGCCUGGCCCGGUCCUCGCUGGAUGCCUCGAAGCUGCUGACCGAAAAGCUCGAGGAGAUGGACCCCGAGAGCGAGCUCAGUAAGGGCCUCAGCCUCAUCCCCUACAGCCUGGUGCGUGCCUUCUACUGUGAGCGCCGCAGGCCCGUCCUCUUCACGCCCACCAUACUGGCCAAGACGCUGGUGCAGAAGCUGCUCAACUCUGGGGGCGCCAUGGAGUUCACGAUAUGCAAGUCAGAUAUUGUCACAAGAGAUGAGUUCCUCAAAAAGCAGAAGACAGAAACCAUCAUCUACUCCCGGGAGAAGAACCCCAACACCUUUGAAUGUAUCGUUCCCGCCAACAUCGAAGCCGUGGCAGCCAAGAACAAGCACUGCCUGCUGGAGGCGGGCAUCAGCUGCGUGCGAGACCUGAUCAAGUGCAAGAUCUACCCCAUCGUGCUCUUCAUCCGGGUGUCCGAGAAGAAUACCAAGAGGUUCAGGAAGCUGCUGCCCCGGCCGGAGACRGAGGAGGAAUUCCUGCGCGUGUGCCGGCUGAAGGAGAAGGAGCUGGAGGCCCUGCCCUGCCUCUACGCCACGGUGGAGGCCGAGAUGUGGGGCAACCUGGAGGAGCUGCUGCGCGUCAUCAAGGACAAGAUUGGCGAGGAGCAACGCAAGACCAUCUGGGUGGACGAGGACCAGCUGUGA